AUUGGCCGGUGCAUCCAGCAACGUGACCCACGAUUGGCCCUCUCGGCACUUUUUAUUUAUUUAUUUCCCCAGUUAUCGCGUGAGGAGCGCGCCCGAGACAGCGUCCGCUCGCCCCAUUGGUCCGCCAUGCGGCUGAGCACGUGACCUGCAAACCCUCUGACGAAUCACUUCGCCCGCGUUUAUCCGCGCCGGGGAUUGUGGAGCGCGGCCCGGCCCCAAGAGGCGCUCGCUAGAGGUUUUCAUGGAGGAGCAAUCGACACCAGGCGAGUGGCGGUGCCCGGGAGGCGUGUUCACGAAGCGCGAGGUCACUCCGGGGCGCGGGCAUCGGAGGCCGCGCGACGGUGCGCGCUGCCUCGUCAGAUUUAGCCUCGCACGGGGGGCGGCCGCGGGCUCCAUCAACCCCAACGAUCGAGGUUCCAGAACCUGCUCCACCAGCCCUAAUCCCGGCUCCACAAACUCCGAUAGCAGUGCUGGCUCCGCCAACCCUAGCGUCACAGACCUCGCCGAUUUCGGUAGCAGCUCCACAGACCCAGACCCGAGUUGCAGUCCUGGCUCCACCAGCUCCAACCUCAACUCUAGCUCGACCGAUAAAGUGACCGGUUCCGUCUCCAUCAAGCCCAACCCUCAACCCAGCUCCUCCGACGCUGACCCAAGCUCCAGCCUCGACUCCACGGACCCUGCCCCUGGCCCCAGGAGCCCGUGCCCGUUGUUUCCGUUCGCGCUGGACGUGUGGCUCGAGGUGAUCAUAGGCGAGGGUGACACGGACGUGGGCGACGCGUUAGACUGGUGCCUGGAGACGAUGCGGCGCGGCGAAGUCUGCGAGCUCCGGCUCCACCUUUCGCCGCCACGGCCGCCACCGCUCAGGGUGGAGCUGCGCGGGUUCACGCACGAGCCCGAGUGGUGGCAGAUGGACGCGGAGGCGCGCUGGAGCCGCGCGCUCCACCACAAGGAGCGUGGCGCCGCCCGCUUCUCGGAGGGCCUGGCGCGCGCCGCCGCGUGGCGAUACGCGAAGGCGCUACGCAUUCUCCUCCCGCUGCGGCCCCCGCGCCUGCCCGCCGACCGCUUCCGGCCGCUGGCAGCCGCUCUCUACGCCAACGCCGCUGCGUGCCAGCUGCGGCUGGAGCAGCCGCGUAACGCCGUGGCGAGCUGCGGCCGGGCCCUGGAGCUCGUGCCGGGCUCGGCCAAGUGGCUCCACCGGCGGGCGACGGCGCUGGCGCAGCUCGGGGAGCUGGAGGCGGCGCGAUCCGACCUGGAGCUGGCGCUGAGUGCGGAGCCGAGGAACGCGGCAGUGCACGCGGCCAUGCGGGGGGUACGCGCACGUGAGAGGGAAGAGGCGACCAGGCUGGGUCGCGCCCUCAGCAAGAUGUUUGUGUGAUGGUUAACCGACCUUGCGUUAACCACACCUUCGAUUAGCACGGUUGGCUAUGUACGGUGUGAAAGAAAUUCCACAUACGUACAAACUUGUUUGUGGGAUAUUAAAGGAAGUUAGCAAGAGGGAGGAAACUGCGCGGUAAACGGAGGUAAACGGGAUCCAUAAACUGUGUUUGGUUAAACAAGCGAGGAAUGACAUGCUCGGUGGAAUGGAUUCUUGUCUGGGUGGUGGCGAAUAUACCAAAAUCAUAAACCAAGGGUUAUACCCAGGGACAGUGUGGGGUUUUGCAGUCCUUGGGACUCACCGGGAGGGCGUGUUAUUGAGUUUACAAAUCUCUGUAAAUAAACACAGACCAACUGUUUUUUUCCCUGGUCCUGUGUCUUUCAGCGUACAACGGGCUUCGCUGAAAUAAAGGAAUUUAUGGAGAAAUGCUCUUAAAAGCUGUCCUUUCUGGACAUUCGUGCCGAGCUCUGCUCCUAUCUCCUUCACAGCGCUCACAGAAGCAGCGCCCCCCCCCCCCCCAUGGAUAUCCCGAAAGAGCAGUUUUUCAGAGCGUCUCUAAUAAAUCGAGCUGGUUGGCUGUGUACGGAACAAAAUAAAUUCAACAUACACAGCAGAGCCUGUGCACUGAUGGCAAUUAUUGAAGGCAGACCGGGAUCAACAAAGAUCAAAUGAAGAUGCGAGCGGGGAAUAGGAUGGAGCUAUGCGAUGCAACGAUCUACCCAGCGCCCACGCACCGAGCUGAUCUCAUCGCUCCAUCUUCACCGUGGAUGUCCUCUUAGGCACAAUCCCUCCUUUUGGAUGCCGCUCAAGUUGUUAUUCUCACCGCCAACCAUCAUCCCUAAUCCCAGCGACGUGCCCAUCUCUGGCCGAUGUUUCUGAACAGUCAAACUUACUGGCUUUUUCAUUAUUUUUUAUUUUACUGGGUAAGGCCCACUGAGCUAUACAUCUGUUUUUCAGAAGCGACUUGGCUAUCAAAUGAUAGCUCAACGAAGUGGCUUAUCACGUGGAAAUUGAUAGCAGCAAAAUACUCUAAACGCACGUCAAUUCUGGAUGUGGAGGGAAAAACCGGAGGACCCGGAGAAAUAUCAAUGCUACCAUCAGGAGAGAGACUUUGCAAACUCCAAAUAUACAGCAGGCGUCAGGGUUGGGUUCGACCCCACGACCUGUGGACCAGGCCAGAUAGUUAACAUUCGCCACCGUGGUGACAUGUCCAUGUCUGAUACCUAACAAAAGCUACAAGUGCAGCCCUGCAAUUGCUUGCUUGCGCCACGUACCUUUAACCUAAAAAGGCGAAGAUCUGUAUAGCCUAAACAAACUGUUGGGGCAAGUGCUGUUUGCAAGCACCUAUGGAGACCAGCACGGUAUACGAGGGGGUGGGUGGCCAGCACCACUUCCGGCUGCAUUUGUCCCCCUUUUUACACACCAGGUAAUCAUUUAAGGCUGAGUCGACCGAGGGGAAGCCCAUGACCGGUUCAGAUAUUCGCUACUGUUAUUGGUUGUGAGCAGGAAUCCAACUCGGGUUGCUGGGUGCGCAAGAAGUGAGGUGCGCUUACUGCUAUGCCACGGCUCCCCACUAUGUACGUAGCGCUUGCUGGUGGACAGCAGUGGCAACUGUGGUGGACAGACUGCACACGCCGGUGUGAGGGCGUGUGCCACGGGUGUGUCGGCAGAUCGCAGGAACUAGGGCAAGGGUCACGGAGGACCCCAUCUGGAGGCCCCUGGAACCUGCUCGUGGGUUCGAGAAGGGAGGCGCGGUCAGGGCGGAGCCAGGCUGCGCUGGCAGCAUAAAAAGAGCCGAGAGCGGGGAGCUUGAGGCUGCCGGUUCUGGGAGUCGACUCGUCUCGUCGUCGCUGCCGGCUUCACGAGAUGUUGCCUUGCAGGAUGGUUGUUGGCUAUCUCAGUCGGCGCCGUCAGUGUUAGGCGGCUCGUGUUAUGCACAGGCUAGGCUGAGGUGCAGUGGAGAGUGUGUGGACGAGACCGUGAAUGUUGAUAAUAAAGGUGCCUCCUACAA